UCAAGGUUUAAAGUGAUUUUCCUGAAAUUAAGUUUCUGAGCUUGGAGUAAUCCAUCACUGCCAUCUACUCUGCUUCCAGACGGGGUUUUUCUUUACAGGUUUAUUAAAUUAAUACCUUUUCUGCCUGGCUUGUGGGAGCGGUCUGAAUGAAUUAUUCCACACAGUAUAAGUUGAAUCAUGCUUUUCAGUCCAAGGUCGAACUGGCUGAAGCCGUGCUGCGGGCGAAGGGCGGCGCUGUGGCAGGUCUGUCUGCUGUCGGCGGGCUUCAAUUGUUUCCUGGUGGCCUGCGUCAUUCUGGUGGUGGUGCUGCUAACGCUGGAGCUGCUCAUUGACAUCAAGCUGUUGCAGUUUAAUAACGCAUUCCACUUUGCCAGCAUCAUCCACUGGAUCAGCCUGGCUAUUCUCUCUGUGUUCUUCACUGAGACGGUGUUCAGGAUCGUGGUGUUGGGGAUAUGGGAUUACAUAGAGAACAAAGUAGAGGUGUUUGAUGGAGCUGUCAUCGUCCUCUCUCUGGCCCCCAUGGUGGCCUCCACAGUGGCCAACGGCCCCAGCAGCCCCUGGGACGCUAUCGGUCUCAUCAUCACACUGCGAAUCUGGAGGGUCAAGAGGAUCAUUGAUGCCUAUGUGCUACAAGUGAAGGUGGAGAUGGAGCUUGAGAUCCAGCAGUAUGAGAAGGCCAAGGCGGUGAGGGAGGAACAGCUGGACCGGCUCACCCAGAUCUGCCAGGAACAGGCAUUUGAAAUCAGGCAGCUGAGGGCCCACCUGGCCCAGCAGGACCUAGAUCUGGUAGCAGAGCGUGAGGCAGCCAUGCAGAUCCACCACAUGUGGGGUAAACAGAGCGGCAGUUUCCAGGAGGUGGAUGCCUCUGAGCAUCACGGGCCAGCUAAAGCCAGAGAGCCACGGGGGCCUGCAGAUCGCCACGGUCAGGAUGACAUGAACAACUACAUCAGCCAGUACUACAGCGAGGCAAGCAGCGAUAUGGGGAUCCCAGACCCUGCACGAGUCAUUACCACAGCAGCCAUCGAUGUGCACCUGCCCAACAACCCCAGCCAGCUUCCCCCCUCUUUGGUUAGUGCAGACGCUCUGUCGUCCAGUCGCUUGCAGCGCACCGGCAGCUCCGUCAGCGAAGCCUCCACCACCACAGUGUCCCGCAGCAGCUUCAGCAUCCAGCAGCACAGCAUCAGCAGCCACACGAUGGGCUCCACCACAGAUUGCAGCUCUACGGUGCGCGAGGCCUCCACCUCCACAGAUUACAGCGACCAACGCUGCUACCCGCCACCGUACAGCAGCCCCCUGGCCCUGGGCACUCAGCCGCGUGGCAGUCCCAGCGCUGUGAUGCAGGAGCUGCUCUCCUCUCUUUCUGAGAAUACCUGUCUCACCCAGAAGGGCCUAGACCCUGUCAACCUUAAACCACCCAGCCCAGCGGGUUCCACCAAAACCAGCCCUGAGAUAGAGCACAGGGUGAACAUCUAUAACAAGAGGAACCAGGAGAGCAGAGUUGGGCUGCACUCUAAGCCGCUCAUCCAUCUGCAGGGCAAAGAGCCUCUUCUAGAGGAGAAGUACAGGCUGAUGGAGCCAGUAGACAUCCCGGUCAACAGUAUGUCAGAGACAUAAGACUCUGCCCAACACGUGGACUUCACAGGACUCGCUCUGCAGAUCAACUGCAAAAAUGAACGCUCAACUAAACUCUGGUGUUGUUGGGAGUCGCUGGCACAUAAACGGUGUCUGUCAUCCUCUUUGUACUGUUGAGGACUGAGGAUGAACUUGCCAGAGCAGCACAAAAACAGAGGGCAUGAAGACUGGAGAAGGCAAAUGUGUUAUCAGGCACCACUUAUCAGGAAUUGACACUCACAAAAACACUUUGAGUUUUAUGAAAAAUUCUACCAAAAGAAACCAGCAACAGGGCUCGAGCCCUGAACUUUUAAGAAAACUGGUUUUGCGUAGAAGAAAAAGAAAUCUGGCUUUUUAUAUAUUAAGUUAUGGUUUCAUGAGGUGAGAUGAGAUCAUGAGGGCCACAAACUGUGAAUCAAACUUUCCAUUAGCUACACGGCAUGGUUAUAUCAUCAUAUGUGCAGGUGUAUCUGCGGUUUUGAUAGUCAGUUUAGUCUCUAAAAUCUCACAAAGAACAGUCCUUUGAUGGCACUGCUGCAGGGUACAUUGGAUCAGUCACAACUUCUUUCUAAUCUUUGUCUUUCUAUAUUAGCAAUGUUAACAUUUGUAUCCUAAUUCCAUCAGUAGAAAGAGUGUGGCAGACUUGACUGGAUGACUCAAGAGAUGCAGUGUUUAUAUCCAGGUGCCAUGACUGAACUCCAACCAAACCCAGCUGUCAGUGAUUUCGCAAACUAAAGUAUGUCCAACACUUACCAAAUUAAUUGAAAGCUCCCUGUACCUGAUGGAUCAUUCAGGUCUAAAAUAUUACUUUUUUAUGCUUAUGUUUAGAAGCUGUGUACAUAUUUCAGAGUGGGUUUAUCACAGCCGGACUUGAAGUGACGCUACACUAAAAUGUCAAAAAGAAAAAUAUAGCAUGAACCUUCAAGAUUUGCCUCUUAUUGAAACCAACCCUCUUUGUUGUACUGUUGACAGACAUUUUCUAUCUUGAUCGUGGAAAGAGGGCGUUGCAAAAUGAAUCCAAUAAAGAGAAAA